AUGGUGCUCUCGGGCCAAGGCGAUGUGUGCCUAAGCGGCCAAGCCCUACGAUGCACGCCAGCUCAUAAAAUAAAACCACGGUACAGCGCAGUGGCGCCACUGAAGCGGAGCGUUCUUAGACAAGAAAGAGAGAGAGAGAGAGAGAGAGAGAGCGAAAGGAUGAAGGAGCGCGGGAAAGGAGGGCAACCCUCGGUGGACGAGAGGUACACACAAUGGAAGUCUCUCGUCCCCGUUCUCUAUGACUGGCUCGCCAACCACAACCUCGUCUGGCCUUCCCUCUCCUGCCGAUGGGGCCCACAGCUGGAGCAAGCAACUUACAAGAAUCGUCAGCGCCUUUACCUCUCUGAGCAGACUGAUGGCAGCGUUCCAAAUACUUUGGUUAUUGCAACCUGUGAGGUUGUAAAACCAAGAGUUGCAGCAGCAGAGCAUAUUUCACAGUUUAAUGAAGAAGCAAGGUCUCCAUUUGUGAAGAAAUUCAAAACAAUUAUCCAUCCAGGAGAGGUUAACCGAAUUAGAGAACUGCCACAAAACAGCAAAAUUGUGGCCACGCAUACUGACAGUCCUGAUGUCCUUAUUUGGGAUGUUGAAGGACAACCUAAUCGUCAAGCUGUUCUUGGCGCUUCUGAUUCACGCCCAGACCUGAUCUUGACAGGGCACACAGAUAAUGCAGAAUUUGCACUUGCAAUGUGUCCAACUGAACCACUUGUAAUUUCUGGAGGAAAAGACAAGUCGGUUGUCUUAUGGAGCAUACAUGAUCAUAUCUCUGCUGCUGCAGUAGAUUCAUCAUCUCCAAAACAAGGAAUGGUAUCAGGCACUGCCAAGCAGUCAUCGAAAAGCAGUGGGCCUAAUGAGAAAGUAUUAGAGAGUCCUUCAGUUGGACCUAGGGGUAUCUUUAAAGGGCACAGUGAUACUGUUGAAGAUGUGACGUUCUGUCCUUCAAAUUCCCAGGAGUUCUGCAGUGUUGGUGAUGACUCGUGUCUCAUUCUGUGGGAUGCUCGAGCAGGUGUUGAACCAGCUUUCAAGGUGGAGAAAGCGCACAAUGCUGAUCUUCAUUGUGUUGAUUGGAAUCCCCAUGAUCAAAAUCUUAUUUUAACUGGGUCUGCAGAUAAUUCUGUCCGAUUGUUUGACCGGCGGAACCUCACAUCUGGUGGUGUUGGUUCUCCAGUUCAAAAAUUUGAGGGUCACAAGGCUGCUGUUCUUUGUGUGCAGUGGUGCCCAGACAAAUCAUCUGUUUUUGGAAGCUCUGCAGAGGAUGGUUUUGUAAAUAUUUGGGAUCUUGAAAAGGUUGGUCGGAAAAAGGAGUAUGUAGGAAAAAAAGUGCCAAACUCCCCUCCGGGUUUGUUUUUCCAGCACGCUGGGCACAGAGACAAGGUUGUUGAUUUUCACUGGAAUACUUCUGACCCAUGGACUAUUGUAAGUGUAUCCGAUGAUUGUGGAAGUACUGGUGGAGGAGGGACUCUACAGAUAUGGCGCAUGAGUGACUUGAUUUACAGGCCAGAAGAUGAGGUACUGGCAGAGCUUGAGAAGUACAAAUCUCACAUCCUGUCGUGUUCGUCCAAGUCCUGAAACCACAAUCGUCCAGAAGCUCAGCUACAUUUAUCUGUUUGUUGCGUGUAGUUUUCUGUAAAAGAUUUCCAAAUUUGAGCGGAUGUGCGUAGCUCACAUCUUUACAGUUGUUAGUCUAGACUGCUCGUUUGACAUGGAAGCUCCCUGUGGAAAAAUGUCAUUGGUACAGGGCCUGUGAUCCAUGUUCUUUUGAAAGGCGAUGGUAGUUGAAGCGUGUGCCUAAUCAGGUCGGGCAAACUGAAUUCUUCUCUUCUCAUGGGAACUUUCAGAGUUCAGAUCAGUGUCUGGGUGCUGUGACUAGUUCUUUUGCCUAAUUACUAAGCAGGAUUGUGAUUUGUCA